UAUUAACGGCUAUAAUGGGGCACAUUCGUGGGAAAGUGUUGUCCCUCCUGAGGAUUUGAGUUUGUGCUAUCUUGAUCCUCAAGGGGUAAUUCAGGGACCAUACCUAGGAAUUGACAUAAUUACAUGGUUUGAGCAAGGUUAUUUUGGUACAGACUUACCUGUUCGAUUGGAGGAUGCUCUGGAUGGAUCACCUUUCCAAGAACUUGGUGAAGUCAUGCCACACCUAAGAAUGAAUUAUGGUUUUGCAGCCAGUGGUAAUGCAGUUACGAGAAUGCAAUUACCUAUUUCUUUUGAAGGGAGCUCGGGAGAGACUGUAUCUUCUGCUUCUGCUCCUGAGUCGAAGGGGUCUUCCAUUGGAUGUGACCAGCUGCGGAAUUGGUCUGCUGUUGAGGCGUCUGGUACUGAGUUUCAGUUAAGACAGCCUACUCAAAGUUAUCAUUCUGAGCAUUCUGAAGAUCAGAGCCUCCUUAAAUUUUCUGAAGCACAGGAAGAGGAAAUAAUUUUUCCUGGAAGGCCCGGAAGUGCUGGUGUUGAUCCUGCAAGCCAUUUGUCCAUUACAGAUGAAUUUUUAAAAACGAAUAUAACUUCUCAUCAAGAAGCUGAGUUACAUUCCUUUGGUUUGUUGAUGUCUGAGUUGAGGAGUCCAUCUGAUUUGAAGAGUUCUCAAUCAUCUAAUAUAGAAUCCAACAUAAGUGUUGGGGGGCAGUUUUUAGAUCAUUUGCUUGAUAGAGAGACAAAUUUUACUGGAACUACUGGUGAUCGGCCCUCAUCUCACAGGGAGCAAGAAUAUGAUGGUUUUGGCUUGUUACAGCAGCUAAUGUCACAAACGUUUCCCAAUGAACCACUUCAAGAGAAAAACCAUUUCUCUCUCCCCUUUCCACAUUCUGCUGGAUUUGAUGUGGAGCAAAUUCAUGGUUUUGAUCUUAUGAUGAGCAAAAAUCUUGAUCACCAGAAGUCAGUCCAUCAUUCAGCUCCACACAUGGAACAUCUUUUGGAACUUCAGUUUCAACAGGAGCGGCAGUUGGAACUUCAGCAGCAGCAGCAGCACUUGGAACUACAGCGGCAGCAGCAGCAGCUGGAACUACAGCGGCAGCAGCAGCAGCUGGAACUACAGCGGCAGCAGCAGCAGCAGCUGGAACUUCAGCGGCAACAGCAACAGCAGCUGGAACUUCAGCAGCAGCAGCAGCAGUUGGAACUUCAGCGGCGGCAGCAACAGCUUAGCCACCACCAAAUCAAAUUGCUACAGGAGCAGCAACAUCAUCAUCUACAGCUGCCACAUUCUCAAUCUCAGCAAUUUCUUCUUGAUCAAUUGCUGCUGCAUCAGAUGUCUGGUCCUGGUUACAGUCAGCACGUAUUCGAUGCUUCUAGAGACAACAUACUUGAUCAGGUUCAGUUACGAAGGCAUAUCCCGAGUGAAUCACAGCAGAAUUCUCAUGCUUCAAGGCACCUGGAUUCAUCACUGGAGCAGAUCAUCCAAGCAAAGAUUAAGUAGAGUGCCAAGGGCAAUAAGCUGAAU